GGGGAGUGGAGGAUGACACAGGAAUGGGACUGUGACUACAUGGAGAAUGUGCUUUGGAGCUGCAGAUCACCCACACUCUGCUCCACUCACCCUUUUGCAUGACCAUGGAGAACAGGUGCUGAGAUCGAGUGCUGGGCAGAAGCAGCAGUGGGCUGGUGAAGAUGGAGAAUGGCACAGGGGACAAGCAGAACCAAACUGUGCUGCCACUAUCAAGCCAGGAGAUCAUUACAGUUGAAUACCAAGUGGUUACCAUCCUUUUGGUUCUCCUUAUCUGUGGACUGGGCAUUGUGGGCAACAUCAUGGUGGUUUUGGUGGUCCUCAGAACCAAGCACAUGAGAACUCCCACUAACUGCUACCUGGUGAGUCUGGCUGUGGCAGAUCUCAUGGUGCUUGUGGCUGCAGGACUACCCAAUAUCACAGAAAGCCUGUAUAGAUCCUGGGUGUAUGGCUACGUGGGGUGUCUCUGCAUCACUUAUUUCCAGUAUCUAGGCAUCAAUGCUUCUUCUUUUUCCAUUGCUGCCUUCACCAUUGAGAGAUACAUAGCCAUCUGCCACCCAAUCAAAGCCCAAUUCCUGUGCACUUUUUCAAGAGCCAAAAAGAUCAUUAUUUUUGUCUGGGCUUUCACCUCCAUAUACUGUAUGCUCUGGUUUUUCUUGCUGGACAUUAAUACGGUAGCCUACAAAGAGACUACUGUUGUGUCCUGUGGCUACAAGGUGUCCAGGAGCUAUUACUCUCCUAUCUACAUGAUGGACUUUGGUAUAUUUUAUGUUGUGCCAAUGGUAUUGGCAACUGUGCUCUAUGGCCUGAUUGCUAGAAUACUGUUCCUGAACCCCAUGCCUUCGGACCCAAAAGAAAACUCUAAGACAUGGAGGAAUGAUGUGGUUCACCAAAGCAAGCCUGUGAAUUCCAAGAUGACUAACAGAAGUUUCAAUAGCACUAUUGCUUCUCGAAGGCAGGUUACCAAGAUGCUGGCUGUGGUUGUGAUCCUAUUUGCAUUCCUAUGGAUGCCCUACCGCACACUAGUUGUGGUCAAUUCCUUUCUCUCCAGGCCUUUCCAAGAAAACUGGUUCCUGCUAUUUUGCAGAAUCUGUAUUUAUUUAAAUAGUGCCAUCAAUCCUGUAAUUUACAAUCUCAUGUCCCAGAAAUUCAGAGCAGCCUUCAGGAAACUCUGCAACUACCAGCAGAAACAGAAGAAGCCUGCCAGUUACAGUGUCGCCCUAAAUUAUAACGUCAUCAAAGAUUCGGAUCACUUCAGCACUGAGCUGGAAGAUAUUACUGUUACCAAUACCUACUUGGCCUCUGCAAAAUUGUCCCUUGGUGAUACAUGUUUGUCAUCUGAGGCCUGAGGCACACCUUCUUCUGUUGUACACAGCCA